AUGGUAGAGGUAGACCCAGCUUUCUUUCAAGAUCCUGAACACAGGCCUAAACUCGUGAGAAUUGAAGAUGAAGGCAUCCCUCUAAUUGACCUCUCUGUUUUGAACCAAUCCUCUGUAUCCCAGGAUGAUAUGGCUCGAUUAGUCUCUGAAAUUGGUGAUGCAUCCCAGAAAUGGGGCUUUUUCCAAGUCAUCAAUCAUGGGGUUCCCUCCGAAUAUCGAGAAAGAAUCGAAUUGGUAUCAAGAAAGUUCUUUGCUUUACCAAAGGAUGAAAAGCUCAAGGUGAGGAGAGAUGAAGUAAAUCCAUUAGGCUAUUAUGAUACGGAGCAUACCAAAAACGUUAGAGAUUGGAAAGAAGUUUUCGAUUUCACUGUUGAUAAUCCCACAAUCAUUCCAGCUUCCCCUGAGCCCGAUGAUCAAGAAAUUAGGGAACUGAGGAAUCAAUUUCCCCAGAAUCCUCCCGAGUUAAGAGAGGUCUGUGAAGAGUAUACGCAGGAAAUAUUGAAGUUAUGCUUCAAGAUAUUAGGCCUCAUAUCUCUGGGCCUCGGAUUGCCUAAGAAUAGGUUGGAUGAUUACUUUAAGGAUCAGACCAGCUUUCUAAGGCUGAAUCACUAUCCAGUUUGUCCAAGCCCUGACUUGGUCCUUGGGGUUUCCCGCCAUAAAGAUGCCGGUGCCUUAACCAUUCUUGCUCAAGAUGAUGUUGCAGGACUUCAAGUUAAGAGGAAAACUGAUGGGGAAUGGAUCCUUGUUAAACCAAUACCUGAUGCCUUCAUCGUAAAUAUUGGUGACAUUAUUCAGGUGUGGAGCAAUGACAAGUAUGAGAGUGUUGACCACAGGGUGAUGGUGAAUUCUGAUAAAGAAAGGUUCUCCGUUCCAUUCUUCUUCAAUCCAGCUCAUUAUACCUGGGUUCAACCCCUGGAGGAGUUGAUCAAUGAGGAAAGUCCUUCCAAGUAUAAGGCAUACAACUGGGGCAAAUUUUUCGCGACCAAAAAACACAGUAAUUUCAAGAAACUUAACGUGGAGAACUUGCAAAUUAACCAUUUCAAGAUGAAGAAUUAA